AUGCGAUCGAUCAGCCUCGCGCGCUGCUACAGACAUUUCUCUGCAACCCUAUCGUCAGGUGCCCCUGCCUCGAUAUCUCGCUCGCUCUCUCGCCCCCAGCAGCGCUCCUUUCAUUGGCCGUUGACCGUCUCACUCAUCUCUGAGGAUCUUCUGGCAACCAUCAGCCUCCUUCCAAUCCCAAGCAUGUCCUUCUCUUCUGACAAGGGCAGCCGUCGUGGCUCCAUCUCGCUCGCCAGCAAGCGUCGAGGUUCUGGAACCGAAAAGCUCGAAAGCCAUGUAAGUGCCUACCCCCUCUCUCUGUCAUUCUUUUCCCUCUCCUCGUCUUCGGCCCACGUCCCGCUGCUCUACUCCUCGCAGCGACGUUCAGCUUGCCAUCGCGCCCAGAACCUUUUUCUACAUCCACCAUCAUCGUCCGACACAUUCCUGGCCACGGACCGAUCUAAUAUCCCAUCGAAGCAAUCGAUCCGCGCACCAUUCUGCAAGGCAAUCGAAACACCUUUGAUUGGUUGCACGAGGCUGAGUGCCAGCCUAUCAACUUUCUCCUGGUCGCUCCACCCCUUGACCUGCUCCUCGACGCGCUGCAUCCACCAGCCCUCCAGACCACACCUGGCGAAAAUGACUGCUGUCGCUCAUACACUCAUGCCCUCUUUGCCUGUGGGCAAAGUUUCUCGCCUCGUAGGAGGGGGCAUCUCGUACAUGGAGCGUGCGUUGCUGACGCUCAACUCACUCACACCUGAUUCGCUCACCAAACAGAUCGCCUCGUGGCACACCAGUUCGCACAAGCAUGAGGACAACCCACACGCCCACGAGGAGCAGCUCAAGCAGACCUACGAGCGCUUCGAGAAGCUCUUCACCAUCACGCCCCAACGUCUGCGUAUGAUCACCGACCGCUUCGUCGGCGUGCUCGAGGAAGGUCUCCAGAAGGAUGGUCAGACCGUACCCAUGCUUCCCGCCUACGUAUUCGGCUGGCCCAGCGGCGAUGAGGUCGGUUCCUACCUGGCUCUCGAUCUCGGUGGCACCAACUUGCGCGUCUGCCACGUCGUCCUCAAGGGAGCUGGAAAGUUCGAAAUCACUCAGUCCAAGUUCCGUCUCACCGAAGAGCAGAAGCAGUCCGAAGGCCAGAAGCUCUUCGACUUUUGCGCCGACUGUCUCGCCACCUUCAUCAAGGAUCACUUUGGCGACCAGAACGGCGACGUCAUCCUCGAAGAGGAGCUCGCGCUCGGCUUCACUUUCAGCUACCCGAUGGAGCAGGAAAAGAUCGACCACGGCAAGCUCGUCCGAUGGACCAAGGGCUUUGGCAACCCCAACACCGAGGGCCGCGACUGCGCCGCCAUGUUCCGCGAAUCGCUCGACAAGUUCAAGCUGCCCGUCAAGAUGGUCUCGAUCAUCAACGACACCACCGGAACGCUCAUCGCCUCCAACUACGUCAACCACGACACGAGGAUCGCCUGCAUCUUUGGUACCGGCUGUAACGCCGCCUACAUGGAGCACAUGAAGGAUAUCCCCAAGAUCAAGCACCUCGGCCUGCCCGAGGACGAAGAGAUGGCCAUCAACUGCGAGUACGGUGCCUUCGACUCGUUCAAGCACGAGCACAUGGCCGAGAUCCGCACAAAGUACGACGAGUACAUCGACCUUCACUCCAACAAGCCGCACGAGCAGUCGUACGAAAAGAUGAUCGCCGGUCUCUACCUCGGCGAGAUCUUCCGCCUGUGCAUCUGCGACCUGAUCGACGAGGGCAUUCUCUUCCUGGGUCAGAACACGUACAAGCUCGAGAAGACCAACGUCUUCGACACGGCCUUCCUAUCGCUCAUGGAGUCGGAUCCCACCGACGAGCUCUUGACGGUGACCGGUCUCUUUACGCACUUUUUCGGCAUCGACACCACGAUCGAGGAGAGGCAGUUCUUCCGCAAGCUGGCCAAGCUCAUCGGUACACGAUCGGCGCGUCUGAGCUCGUGCGGUAUUGCUGCGCUGGUGACCAAGAUGGGCUACCUGGACAAGGGGUGCGGUGUUGGUGCCGACGGCUCGCUCUACUCGAAAUACCCUGGAUUCGCCGACCGCCUCCACCAGGCGCUCGAAGACAUCUUUGGCGAAAAGGGACGCAACAUCAAGACCUACCAAGCCGAGGAUGGUUCGGGUGUAGGCUCGGCCAUCAUCGCAGCCAUGACCAAGGCGCGCAAGGAGGAGGGCAAGUACGUCGAAGUGUAA